AUGAACAACGUAAUAUUCACAGGGAUACGACCUGCCGAUAAUAGGCCGUACUCCGAAAUGACGCAGGAGGAACAAGCUGCAGCAGGAGCCGAUGCCAUGAUAAAUUUCAUGCAAUCCUGCCCAGGAAAGACCAUAAUGAGUGGAGUAUCAGGUUUUGUGCUUGGUGGUUUUUUCGGUCUGUUCAUGGCAUCCAUGGCUUAUGAUGUCCCAGUUGGUUCAGAAGGAGUUAAGCACAUUUCAGAUCUUCCUUUGAAGCAACAAAUGAAACUUCAGUUCUCUGAUAUGGGGCGUCGGUCCUGGUCGAGUGCCAAAAACUUCGGCUACAUUGGAAUGAUUUAUUCUGCAGUUGAGUGCUCAGUGGAGAGCCUUCGUGCCAAAAACGAUUUGUACAAUGGUACGGCUGCAGGGUGCAUCACAGGAGCGGGAUUAGCUAUCAAGUCAGGGCCCCAAGCUGCCCUUCUAGGAUGUGCAGGUUUUGCUGCUUUCAGUACAGCUAUUGACAUGUAUAUGAGAGGUGAAGCCUCUAGACCACCUCCUAAUGAUUAUGAUGACUAA